UUGGGCCAAUCAUUUCUUGGAGAAGGCAGGGAGGAAGAAUCUCAUAGCCGACCUCCAGGUGGAUAUAACCAAUGGGGUGCUCUUGGCUCAAGUGAUAGAGGCAGUCAUCGAUGCGAAGGUCACAGAUAUCUAUCCAAGCCCUAGGACUGCAAGUCAGAUGAUUGAAAACAUCGACAAAUGUCUUCAGUGUCUGGCGGCUAAGGGUGUGAACACAGAAGGUCUUCUUGCCAAAGAUAUCCGAGAGGGCAACUUGAAAGCUGUUCUCGGCCUUUUCUUCUCGCUGUCAAGAUUCAAGCAGCAACUGCAGCAACAGCAGCAGCAGCAGAAGCAAACUGCAGCAGCAGGCAAGCAGCCAACUUCAACAACACACAAACCGACGACGGCAUCAACUCAACACAAAGUGCAAUCUUCAUCGCAAUCACAACAAGCAACUCAACGGCAGCAGCCCCAGAGGCAACUCGCUGCGCCAACAACUCAGGCGGGACAGAAGCGUCAAACGGCGUCGUUAUCACAUAAGCAAUCGGGCAACUUGCAAUCACAGUCUUCAGCAGGGCAACGUCUAGCGACACCUAAACCGCAGACCACACCCAGGUCAUCAUCCCAGGUCAGACCCCCAGCAAGCAAGUCACCCUACAGCGCUGUACCCUCGCCCUACCAGACGGGAGCCAAGGCGCAGGGUAAACCGAGUGGUCCGAGUACCCAACUAGGUGCACAGCAACGCAAGGCAGGGGCAUCAACGACGUCUCUUGCUUCAUCAAGGCUUGAACGCUCAAGAGCUACCUCUCAAAAAAGCAACUCAUCAUCUCAUCGUAACUCGUCAUCAUCCGACAUGAGUUCUCGCAUACCAACAUUCAACAAGGGUCCGAGGUCAACUCAGGGGUCGGGGGUCCCCCAGCGGGGUCAACUAGAAAAGGGAAGAGUGCCUUCCAGUUCUGCCUCCACCCCCACUCAAGGUGCAAUACAAACAAGUUCUACUACCUCAUCUCAGGGUACUUCAUUACCAAAUGGUGCCUCAACUCCAAGCAAUCUCCAACCCCCCACACGGACAGCCAGCCAGAUCCGUACCCUUACACCCAGUGCAAGUAAAGCUAGCAGUAGUGCACAGCAAAAACAGCAGAAGCAGCAAUUGAAACUUCAGCAACAACAACAGAAGCAGCAGCAGCAGCAGCAACAACAGCAGCAACAGUCACAACAGACUCCAAAAAGUCCCAACAAGAGCUCUAUGCUCACAAAACUGAAAUUUUUCGGGAAGGAGCAUGCUGGAAAAGAGCAAAACACUACCCCUAAAACUAAUGGCGUUCCAAAGCCAGCUACCACCACAAUUAACAAUAGCAGUUCUGAGUCAACGUCAUUAACUCAGCCACCCAAAGAUGCUGCAGCAUCAAGAAAUAGAACAGCAGUUCAGGAACGUCCUGCACAGGACAAAUCACGGACUAGCAGCAGCUUGAAGAAACAUGGAAGCAGCUCCAGUAUUGGGACCACAGCAAGCAAUGCUUCCUCAUCAGGAGGUGGCGGUACUGGCGGAGCAGCACCCCCUGCUGCGGCACAGAGUACUCCCCCAUCCCCUGGUUCAAGUCUAGGAUCAAGCAGCCCCAAGAAUGCCCUCAAAGCAGUCGCACAGAAGACCAUCGGACGAGCCUUUGGUGGUGGCAAGACAAAACCUGUCACUAAACCAGCACCUGGGAAACCUCUCAAGGAUGACUUAGGGGUACGAGGAGAGCCUGUUGGAUCAGCAGACACACCCAGAGUUGAAACACCAAGGAGUAAUGAGGCUAACGCUAAAGCAUCAACAAAAUCUAAACUCUCACCUCCAGGAGGUAAGCCUACUAGUAUUAAGCAGAUCCAAACAGCUGCAUCAACUAAGACCAAACUACCUGGGCCUGGACAAGGUCAAGCGACAAUUGCCACACCAGGCCAGACUCCACCUCGUGGCAUUCCUAAACCUGGUUCUGCCCCAGCAGGUCCGAAAACAGGUUUGAAAACUCCAACAUCAUAUCAGACUUUACCUAAGAUUUCCAAUAUGAAUGGGACGAAGCAACUAGAAGAAGAAGGAAACAAUGCAUCCUUCACGAGGGGCGGUGCUUACAGCACCUUUCCAGGACCUGGAAAUACAAAGCAAAAGAAUGGUGAAGUAACAUCCAUGACUGAGAUGAGAACUCAAGAUGAUACAGCGAGCAGACAACCAAGCUGUAAGCCCAAGAAUGAGGCUCGAUCACCAGACACGGCUCGCCUCCCAGCGUCACCGAGUCACGGCGCACAACGGUCCCCUGCUAACACAGCGACAGUAGCGCCAUUCAAUUACACUGGUAGCCGGCCAAUGUCUAAAGAGUGUAGUGAGUUGAGCAUAGCGAGUGCUAGCAUGAGUGACUCGUCAUUAGGCACUCCGAUACAGAGCCAAAAUAGCGUGUCAUCCAGCAACAGCCAAUCAUCAGACAACAGCGUCGUGUACAGACCGAGAGAAGACGGGGACUACUGCACAUCAGUCUACAAAAACGACAAAGUGGUGACAACGUUCGGCACGCCACCAACACAACCACGUGCUGCAAAGUCAUAUUCAGACGUGAGACCCAACAACAUGGACUUGACUGUCAUGAGCGUUCAGACACCGCCAACAUCCAGAACGACCAAGGAGACCACCUUUGGGGAUAGCGUCACAACUCAGCUCCGGAAUCACCGCUCACCGACCGGAUCCAGCAAAAGCAACCAAUCACCCCAAGGCUCACCACGGACACAGCGCUCGGCCAUCGCUACCUACGGUGCCUCUGCAGCCCGACUUAACAACCUUAGUUCCUUGCCUCUCCAGAUUCCCUCCAUGCCUGUCCAAGGGGACGCGCCCUACUCAGCUUACUCAUACCGCAGUGGUGGUGUUCCUCAGCGCUUUGUGCCCGCUCCCUCCUUAACUCGUCUGUACAGUAACUCCAUGCGGCGAACGACCUCCAACAGAUCUCACCUGAGUGAUCUACAAUACACAGAACAGCCGAUUCUUGACGAUGAUGAUAUGUACGAUGAGGACAUAGGCAGCGGUUACGUCAGCGAUGGAGACAUCUUGCAUAGAAACGCUCAGUUGAGUGAUAUAGCAAGUGGCUACAUGAGUGAAGGAGGUGGCUUCUUGUAUGCUAAGAGGUUGGGAACCGGUGGUAGCAGACUAAGAGAUGGAAUGGCUGCCGUACGAGAGUUCCUUCAAAAAGAUGUGGAUCUCAGUGAUGAAGAAAGUUAUCAAACUCACUACUGCUCUGAUUAG